AUGGCUGAGGAUCUGACGGCGCAGAUGCUUAGCGUCCUCUCCUCCGCGGAUGGCCCAGCCCUCACUUCCGAUGUUUUUCCCAAUGCCACCUUCGUUGCCGUCAAAUCCGCAGUCGACAAAUUAAGAUCUCGGGGUUUCAUUCAGGCAGAGCAGAUUGAUCGAUUAGAACUUAUUCUCACCCAAGAGGGUCAAGAUAUUGCAGAGAAUGGAAGUAAUGGCGCUCGAGUCUUUGAGGCUGUUCGUUCGGCGCUGGGGGGACUGAAAAUCAAAGACUUACCCACCGUUGUUGGUGAUACCAAUGUCGCCAAAUUCGGAUCGGGAGAUGCCUUUAGAAUGAAAUGGAUUAAGAAAGACGGGGACGUCCUCAGAGCCUCUACGGAUGAAAUCCAAGACGAGGUGCAACAACAAUUACAACAGAUCCAGUCCACAAAGACGUGUGACAACCAAAGGCUCGUGGCAGACUUCAAGAAGAGGAAGUACGUGGUGGAUCAGAAGAUCGUCACCUUCAAAAUCUCCAAAGGCCCCAAAUUUGCGACCGAAUUUGUGAAAGAGGAGACAGAUCUCACGGUUGAGAUGCUCGCUUCGGGUGCGUGGAAGACAGUACAACUGAAACCUUACAACUUCAAGGCCAAAGGCGCCCCUACCUCAUCAGGUGCUUUGCAUCCUCUCAACAAAGUACGACAAGAAUUCCGAGAGAUCUUCUUCGAGAUGGGAUUUGAGGAAAUGCCCACCAAUCGAUAUGUGGAAACUGGUUUCUGGAAUUUCGACGCUCUCUUCGUCCCUCAACAACAUCCUGCCCGUGAUCUCCAAGACACCUUUUACAUUUCAGAUCCCCCCAAGGCCGAUCCACCUCGGGAGGAUCCUGAACCCACCGUCCCAGGUACCAAACCGGGGCCGCCUCCGGCACACAAACGAACAAAGUCGAAAGAGAAGACGUUGAAUUACCAGCAAUAUUGGGACGACGUACGUGCAGUGCACCAGGAGGGAAAGUUUGGUUCGAUAGGUUACAGAUACCCAUGGUCCGCAGACGAGUCUCUGCGACUAGUACUUCGUACCCAUACCACCGCCAUUUCGACAUACAUGCUUCACAAGCUUGCACUACAUCCUCGACCAGCUCGCUAUUUCUCCAUUGAUCGCGUCUUCCGGAACGAGACGGUUGAUCACACUCAUCUGGCCGAAUUCCACCAAGUUGAGGGCGUGAUUGCCGAUUGGGGACUGACCCUUGGUGGAUUGAUCGGAUUCAUGGAAAUCUUCUUUGGCAAGAUGGGUAUCAAGAAUUUGAGAUUCAAACCUGCCUACAACCCUUAUACUGAGCCUAGCAUGGAGAUUUUCAGCUAUCAUGAGGGAUUGAAGAAGUGGGUGGAGAUAGGGAAUAGCGGAAUGUUCAGACCGGAGAUGUUGGAACCAAUGGGUUUGCCCAAGGACAUGCGGAUAUACGGUUGGGGUUUGAGCUUGGAGCGGCCAACCAUGAUCAAGUACGGCGUGAACAAUAUCCGUGAACUUCUCGGCCACAAGGUCGAUAUCAACUUCAUAGAAUCCAAUCCGGCUGUCAGACUCGAUAAAGAUUAG